AGAGGACCAGAGCAUGGAGAAGUCUGGUCAGGUGUACCACGAAGGGCCCGACGAGAUUCGCCAGAAGUCUGUAGUCGAGUCCAUUAACUUGAACCGCAAUGUAGACGCGAAAAUCAGCAAUCCGCUCGCGGGAAUUUCGUACGCAGACCUCAUGACUGAUGUCGAGCAAUUCGCACAUCAGAAGGGUCUCAAUGAUCAACUCGAGUUGCUCAAGAAAGGCGCUCUCAUAGCUCAAGAUCCAGCCAAUUUCGAGAGCCUGGAGCAGCUGGACGAGCACGAAAAGGAGUUUUUGCGAUAUGAGGCCGCGCACCGUUGGCGUCACCCAUUCCAAUUGUACAUCACAAUCAUUGUUUGCUCGAUCGGAGCUGCAGUGCAAGGCUGGGAUCAGACGGGAUCGAACGGAGCAAACUUGUCGUUUCCACAAGAAUUCGGUAUUGGCUUCGGUGAGACUAUAGGACAUCCCAAUCAGGUUCGCGAUAGUUGGCUCGUGGGAGUUGUCAAUGCCGGGCCGUAUAUCGGGUCUGCGUUUCUCGGCUGCUGGCUCUCGGAUCCGUGCAACUUCUACUUUGGACGCCGUGGGACCAUUUUCAUCUCCGCUGUCUUCUGUCUCAUUACACCAAUCGGAGGAGCUGUCUCCCAGACCUGGGAACAGCUGUUUAUCACUCGACUUCUCAUGGGUAUAGGAAUGGGUUUGAAGGGUUCCACAGUGCCAAUUUUCGCCGCCGAGAACUCACCUGCACGGAUUCGAGGCGCUCUGGUGAUGAGUUGGCAAAUGUGGACCGCAUUUGGCAUCUUCCUGGGCUUCUGUGCAAACCUCGCUGUCUACCGUGUUGGCGACAUCGCCUGGAGGUUGCAAAUUGGUUCGGCUUUCAUCCCAGCCGUGCCUCUGACUCUUGGCAUCUACUUCUGCCCGGAGAGUCCACGAUGGUACAUGAAGAAGAACCGAUAUCAGAAGGCCUACAAGUCGCUGUUGAAGCUGAGAUUCCAUCCCUUGCAGGCCGCGAGGGAUCUCUACUACAUCCACUGUCAACUUCAAGUUGAGGCUAGCAUCGUUGGGAAGAGUAAUUACCUUUCGCGAUUCGUGCAGCUAUUCACGAUACCACGAGUUCGUCGCGCUACGCUGGCUAGUUUCGUGGUCAUGAUUGCGCAGCAGAUGUGCGGAAUCAACAUCAUAGCCUUCUACUCCUCGACCGUGUUUAGACAGGCCGAUGCUUCGGAGCGCGACGCGCUGAUCGCCUCCUUCGGCUUUGGACUCGUCAACUUCGUUUUCGCGUUCCCAGCGAUCUGGACCAUCGACACGUUCGGACGCCGCGCACUACUGCUAUUCACCUUUCCCCAGAUGGCCUGGACUCUGCUUGCUGCAGGCCUUUGCUUUUUGAUCCCAAUGUCUGCUGGUGACGCCCGGCUCGGUGCCAUUGCCCUUUUCAUCUACCUCUUUGCCGCUUUCUACUCGCCUGGAGAGGGUCCCGUGCCAUUCACCUACUCGGCUGAGGUGUUUCCACUCUCGCAUAGAGAGGUGGGCAUGGGAUGGGCUGUCGCGACCUGUCUGUUCUGGGCCGCUGUCUUGUCCAUCUCGUUUCCCGCGAUCCUGGCGGCCCUCACGCCCACAGGGGCAUUCGGCUUCUACGCAGGUUUGAAUGUCAUCGCUUUUGUGAUGAUCUUCCUGUUUGUGCCAGAGACGAAACAGCGUUCGCUGGAGGAAUUGGACUACGUCUUUGCUGUGCCUGGAAGACAGUUUGUCCGCUAUCAGACUACCAAGGCCCUCCCAUGGUGGUUCAACCGCUGGGUGCUGUUCCGCAAAGAGGCCAAGCUCGAGCCGCUGUACUCGUUUGACCAGACCAUCGAGCGUUCGGAGAAGGUCGGCAUCGCUUAGACGCAAGAAAGAUGUUCGCACGGAUGCCGAGCGAGCCAGGAAUAUGACACCUGCUAUACUCCAACCACAGAAGAGUUUGUAGGCCCAGAGGAGGUAAUGCCAGUGGAAUGCCAGAUGUGAAGCUAGUACCUAGAUACCGUAGGAACGCGUAGGUAGUUCAUUUUAUGCCAAGCCUCACC